AAAUAUUUACUUAAGAUAUUUAUUACUAUGGGAGUAGCUUAAAUGCUUCCACCCUUUGAGGAAAUCCCACAUUUCCUCUUUAUCCAGGAGUUCAGAGUUCUGCCAAUCAGCCCCAACAAAACCCUGUCUUCAUACAGGAUCAGGCAGGUCUCAUACUGACGUCUGGUAUGUGAGUCAUCGUUUGCAGCCCUUCCAUCUACGUCUGUUCAAUUAUUUCUUUUCAGGUCCUUGUUUGAGCCCAAAAUACACGGCUUUGCACUUUCCAUGGCAGAUGUUAACUUUUGAACUACUUUCUUUUUUGCAUACGAACCUCUGAUGUCUUCUGCAGUCAAGUGGUGCCCUAAUUAUUAAUUCAGAAGUUUCGUUGCUGUUGGUACUGUUUGUUGUUCUGAAUCUUGAGGACAAAAAAAUCCUCAAGAUUUCUGAUUGUUUAGUGAAAGCAGUGAGAACGUAGCUCUGUUUCCCCAGAGGGAUAUCUAGCCAGAAAAGAACUGGACAUUUAGCACAGGGAGCCAUCAUGUCCACAGAGGAAAUGACAAGAAGGCUCAAAGAAGAACUGAUCUGCUCCAUUUGCUUGGGAUAUUUCAGUGACCCGGUCUCCAUACACUGUGGGCACACCUUUUGCCAAACCUGCAUUACUAAAUAUUGGGAUCUGUUGGAAAAGAAACACUUUCACUGUCCUCGGUGUAGAGAAACCAGCUGGAAAAAAAUUCUGAAGCCCAACCAGGAGCUGAGAAACAUUGCUGAGAUCGUCCCAAAGCUGAAUGAGAAGACAGAAGAAAAAGGAAAGACAAGAGAGAAGAUAUGCCAGAGGCACCAGGAGCCACUGAAACUUUUCUGUAAAAAUGAUCGAAUGGCGAUCUGCGUGGUGUGUGACAGAUCUAAAGAGCACAAAGACCAUACAGUGUUUCCUGUGGAGGAGGCCAUCCUAGAAUUCGAGCAAGAAUUCCAAGACCAACUGAUAUCUUUGAAGCAAGAAAAAGAGAAGCUACUUAAAUUUCAGGCAGUGAAUACAGCGAGAAGCAAAGAAGCCCUGAAUACAAUAAAUGCCGAGAUGCAGAAAACAGCAGUAGCCUUUAAACCAGUUUAUCAACUUCUUGAUGAACAGAAGCAGCUGCUGCUGACCCAGUGGAAGUCAUUCCGGGUAGCAGCUGAGGAACACAAACUACAUAGUGCCGCAAUUUCAGAGGAGAUUUGUCGCCUGGAUAGCCUUAUCACUGUGGCAGAAGAAAGAUGGCUACAUCUAGAGCUUGAGGUUUUACAGGAGAUGCAGGCCACAUUGACGAGGUUAAAGAAAAAUAAGUUUCAAGGGUUAAAUGAUUUUUUUCCUGAAGUGGAUGAAAGGCUUGCUUUUCUAAUGAAACAAAAUGAAGUUGUCACCCAGACUUUGCAGCGAUUCAAAGCUAUUCUAUCUUCAGAACUACAGAAAGAUCUUUAUGAGUUUCCAACAGAUUCUGAAAAAGAAACAGAGAGUGGCAAUGUUCUACCAUUUGAUAGGAAGCAGGAAGAGUCCAGCUGUCCUGCUGCAAAGAGAAAAGGGUUCUACCAUUCUCAUCUUCCAGCCAAAAACAGGAAAUACCAAACUGCAGUUGAGACUUCUGAUUGUGCCCCAGAGAGCAGAAUGCAUUCCUCACCAUCUGAGCAGCCAGUAGAAGACACUAACACGAAGAAACAUCAAAAAUCAUCUCAAUGCCCACUAUCUUAGGUGGAAUUAUGUACCAAAUCCUCGUAGUGAUACUUCAGUAGAAGCAACACAUCCACUGUGGUAUCUUCUAUAUUACUUAAAAAUGCUUCACAUCUGUGUAAAUCUGCCUGCCUUCUCCUUCCAGACUACUUUGCUAUCAAACAUCAAUAAAGGAGUGAAGAGAAGAUCAAUAUA